UGCCACCCAACAGGGGUGUGGGCGCGUCUCUCUCUCUCUCUCUCUCUCUCUCUCACUUUAUGCUAACAGUCUCCAGACUCUGCUUCUUACCCCGCCCGUUGAACCUCCCCCAAAACCCCGAUUCUCCACUGAUCUUCCAGAAACGUUUCUCUCGCUUCCGCUUCCAAAACCCGAAACGUUUUUAUUUCUUCUCCUUCAAAAAACCGCCAAUGCCGCCUCGUCGUCCUCCUCCUUCCCAUAUUGUCGCCGAGUAUGCGAAGUCGGACCGGUCCUCGUGCAAGAAGUGCGCGAAAGCGAUCAUCAAGAAGGCUCUCAGGGUGGGGAUAGUGAGCCGGGACGCGCGAGGAUUCGACAUGACCAAAUGGCACCACUUGGAUUGCUUUCCGGUUGGAGCGGCCGCGGUCUGCUCGGCCGAGGCGAUUAAGGGGUUCGAGGCUUUGCAGAGUAGUGAUCAGGAAGCGCUGGAGAAGUCGUUGGUUAGAUGUGAUGACUCCGUGGGUAAUGGAGAGGUUCAUAAAGGAGAUGACGAUGAUGAUGGAGAAAAUGAACUAAAAGAAAGGGAUGCAAAGAAAGCCAAGUUAUCUACAUCUGAUGGGGAAGCUAAUUUAGAUAUAGCCUUCUCAGUUUCCAGCGUCAAGAACAUGUACAAAGAUGCUACACUUCAACCAAAAUGGAAGGCAUUCAACACAAUCAUAUAUCUUGAACAGGAUGAUGGUCUUCACGAUUCAAACAAAAUUGCGGCAUUUGAUUUUGAUGGAACCCUUGCCAAAACAUCUGUGAAGAGAGUAGGUGCAGAUGCUUGGUCCCUUAUGUAUCCUUCAGUCCCUGAUAAGCUACAGUGCUUGUACAAUGAUGGCUACAAACUGGUAAUUUUCACUAAUGAAUCAAAUAUUGAGCGCUGGAAGAAAAAGAGACAGGUUGCCGUGGACUCAAAAAUUGGACGCCUCAACAAUUUUAUCAAGAAAGUGAAGGUACCAAUGCAGGUCUUUAUAGCUUGUGGGUUUGGUGAAUCUUCUGGUCAAGCAGCAGAUGCAUUUCGUAAACCCAAACCAGGAAUGUGGCAUAUUAUGGAGAAGCACUUCAACUCUGGCAUUUCCAUUGAUAUGGAUCAAUCCUUUUAUGUUGGUGAUGCAGCUGGGAGACUGAAUGAUCACAGUGAUGCUGAUAUUAAAUUUGCACAGGCCGUUGGUUUGAAAUUUCAUGUCCCUGAGGAGUACUUUGUUGCGUGAGGAAAUUAGUGGCCAGUGCCUUCUUAAGGCUUAUGAUCAGUUUCUCGUUGGCAGUAAAUACUGGACCGAUUAGCCACGAUCUUGAAUUUUAACUGUUUGUUUCCCCGCACAUUUCCUAGUCACUUAUAUGUUGAUGCUUGUAUAAUUAAGUAGAAUAACAGUUUCCCUCCAUCGAUUCCUCUCUCUCUCUCUCUCUCUCUGAAAUCUAGGGCUGACCCACUUUGUAUUCUGAUUUAUCUAUCAGUAAAUGGUUGUCCAGGAGAAUCUAGACCGAACUGGACAGUUUGAUGACUGGUCUAAUGCAUUAAAGCAAUUUUUUUUUUCC